ACCGGCAGCGGGGGUGGUCGUGCUUCGUCGUGUCGGUAGCGUGUAUAGGCGUAUGCACGGCCAUACUCGGAGACCUCGCCAGCCACUUUGGCUGCACUGUGGCACUCAAGGACUCCGUUACGGCUAUAUCGAUAGUGGCACUGGGCACUAGCAUACCAGACACGUUCGCCUCGAAGGUCGCGGCCCAGCAAGACCCCUACGCCGACGCCUCGGUCGGUAACGUCACAGGAUCGAACGCUGUCAACGUCUUCCUCGGUAUCGGUAUCGCCUGGACUGUUGCCGCCAUCUACCACAACGUGCAGGGCAACGAUUUCGAGGUCCUCCCGGGAAACCUGGCGUUCUCGGUGACGCUGUUCUGCGUGGAGGCGGCCGCUGCCAUUGCCCUCAUGAUGCUCCGCCGCAGCCCCAAGAUCGGAGGGGAGUUGGGUGGUCCAAGGAUCCCCAAGCUGCUCACAAGUGCCUUCCUCUUCUUCCUCUGGGUGUUCUACGUGUUCAUGUCUACCCUUGAGGCUUAUGGCUUCAUCCCCAGCAUGACCAGCCCGCCUCCUGAGGCCGCCUAAAUUGCCGCACGAUUGCUUCUACUCAUACGAGGGAGAGUAAAAAAAUUUUUUCGCGGUUGAAGGAGCAACAAAGAGACCAGUUGAAUGAAUAAACCUUGUGGUCUGAGAAAAAUCGAGAGAAAGUGAAGUUUCAUUUUUGGUGAUGAUUGAAGAAAGGAUAGGGAAUGGAUUAUAGCUCAAUUUUAACACAAUUUUUAGCCCUGCCUGCUCGGCACGCAAAUUUAAGAGCAGCGAAUGUUCACUUUGCUGUACAUCAGCAGGAGAAAAAUGUUAACUUGGCUAUACUCCCAUAGUAAAUCUCCAAAACAACAUACGAAUAUAACUUGGAAAGCAAAUAUCCUUCGGUUAAUCAGAUAACAAUUAAGUUCUGAAAGCUAUUGAGCGAGUCAAUACAUAUUAUGAAGUGGAGUAUCAUUAUGUACUAUGAUCAUUAUGUACUAUGAAUUUUAAACAGCUAUUGUAUUUGAAUGAACUCUUAAAGGUAAUAAUACUGCACCAUGGUAUGGAAAUUUUAUAACAUGGACAUUGGACAACAAUUAAGCCCUUUGCCAGUUACAGAAAUGGGGUUUAAGAGGCUAAAACGGUUAGAAAGGUUCAAAAGGUUGUAUCUUAUUUCUGCUCGAAUUGAAGAGCCGAAUUAAGGUUUCUAGAAUAUUUUCAAUCAAUAUAAUGAGUAAUCAUUAAAAAAUAAAAACCUUUUAGCGAACGCAAAUUGAAUUGUUUGCAUUGAAAUUAUGUUUUAAUAAAUUAAUUAAUGACAAUGCUUGUGAAAAUGAGCCACAUAAUCUUAGUUAUUCAUUUAAGCCAAACGAAUCACGAAAUUAGUGGAAAUAUUAAAAAAGAAUAUCAUCAACAAAAUUAAUUCAAGUUGAGACCGGAAAAUCAAAAUGUGGCUUCACAAUUUAGAUCGUUUAUAAGUUUAGGUUAUAGUCUAGUCAACGUUAAUUAUUGUGUAAGACAGUAACAUUUAUGAAUUAUUAACGAGUUUUGUUCAAAUUAAACCUUCGACUUUAAUAUUAUAGAAUUGAUAUGACUAUAAAAAGACAUAGUAAAGCUGAAGUUGAGUGAGAAACUAGCUUUAGUCACUAUGACUGUGCUACAAUAACUAUUACUAUGGUGACUAUGUGGUGCAACUUACGAGGUGAAACCUCUAUAUCAUCAACUAAAUUAAAAUUUGUGUGUUAUGGAACGUUCAUGCAUGGGAGAAUUGCAUUCUAGACAGUAAAAUGUGCAUUCUAGACAGUAAAAUGACCCAAAAUUAGCCAGCAUGGUAAUUGCAUGUAUAACAGCUGUUUACCAGUACAAUUUUUAAAAAUACUUAGCAUGAUUACCAAUACUCGAACCAUUUUAGCUGCAUGUGGGGUUACAGUAUUAAAGAUAAUAUUUCUAAUUCAAAAUAUUAUUAAUUAUCGAUCGAUUUAGUAUGGAAAAGAUUUUCCUUGCCUGUGUGAAAGGUUACUCAAACUUCACGAAUUAUCAGUGAGAACAAUGAGAGAAUAAUGUCGUCAACGAUGAAUAUUUCGUGUAACAGUGGAGAAAAGUCACUUGGUUUUUGGUAGUAGGAGCUCGAGGCUAGAAAUGCCACCAUUGGACAAUAUAUAUCAUGGCGCAAUAUACAUCAUGACAAUAUAUAUCAUGACAAUAUAUAUUAUGACAAUAUAU